GAUUUGGGAGUUAACAGGUUGCCGGCUGGCACAGUAACUGUCUUUGUUUUUGGUCCUCUGGCUUGCUUGUGUUUUAUCUAUCUGGUGCGUUCAUCUUCUUGCUAUUUGGCUAACUCUAUCAUUAGUUGUCCCUCGAAACACCCGCCCGCGCCGUCUUCCCCGGAUACUAGCGACAACCUCAAACUCUUACUUCCCUUUCAAUCGCCGUGGGAAUCGCCUAUCGCCUCAUCGCCUCAUCGCCCCUCACCGAUUUCAGGAUCUCGCUGUCCAGAUCCAUCGAAAACCGAACCUACGAACCACGACCACCAAAGUCGAAUCUAGCGCAAUGCCUUAGGAACAACCGUGCUUGCAGGCCAGUAUCGUUGAAAGCAGUGGCUAUCUACUAGACCCGUGUGCACUAGCUUCCUCGGCGAGGUGGGGGAUGGCCUUGUUGACACCCUCUCUGGAUCCCUACUCCUCAUCUGAGGUCGUUGCUUACUCUCGAUUCCUUCUCUCACACGGUUGUCUUCGGCGCUUCUCGAUUUCGCCCACGAUACAUUGUCCGUCCGACACUCGCGCAGCGGAGUACUACCACCCGUCUCCCCGAAUAAAACAACCUUCAAGCCUUGCGACAACUCGACCUACUUAACAACCGAGUGAGACCCCUACAAUUAUAUACAACAACAGCCACAACUUCCUGGUCAUCAGAAUGCUUCUGUUACUUGUCCUGGCAGCUCUCGAUCUGAUUUUCGACUUUUCUAUCCCUCUAUACAAAUCAACGAGACCUCCUUGAGCAUGCGCCUCUACGAUAUCAUAAGCUCAUCACAUUGGGGGUCGCCACCCGUAUCCCGCACCACGACAACGAAAACUAAGAUAUGGAAGUCGCAUGCUAGCAACAAAAGGAUGUUUCGCUAGUUAAUAAUAUAUGAGGUAUAGUUAAGAGCUAUAAGCCCGCUUUAUCACUCAUGACCACCAACAGCAAUAAGUCGGCAGAUCACAUGGGGGUGAGGUCCGUCGACAAUUACACGUCAACGUUUGCGUCCUCGUGCAAAUGGUCGUCACCAGCACUGCAACGAGUUAUGCCCCGAAAUCCCACACAUCCUGACAUCGGCCAAACAAGUGCACCAAGUGACGCUUAACUGUUGACCAGCACAUCACCAACCUGAUGACCAUUACAGAUAGGGAUAAUUUAUGGUGGUUUAUUUCAGCCUGAUAGGCCAUGGCCCUCGAGAACCAAGUGCUCUUCUCGCGAGACCAGCUCCCUUCGGCUCCCGGUAGUGACAUUGACAAUUAGAAAUACUAUAAGUUUAUCAUG